AUGACUAGGGCGGGCAUACCCAUGUGCGCAGCGUGCAGUAUCAGUAUCAGCACGAGUGCUGAUGGUAGGGCAGGCAGGCCCGGUGCCGGACGCGAAGCCGUGCCAAGCUCGUGCACAGUUCACAAGGAAACCAAUACUUACAAUGCCUCCCUCUCAUUCGCAGAUUGUCCCAUAGCGGCCCAUCUAACAGCGACGAUCACUGUCAUACUGGGCAACGACUCCUAUGGUGCCAACCGAUGCCAACGUGGGAAAUUGUGCGUGGUGUGGUCGGCCGGCGGUGUGACGCUUUUCCAGUCUAGGGCAUCGUUGGAACAAUCUAUGCGGGUUGUAGAUGUUGGUGACGAGCAACAGUUGGCAUGUAUGUCACGGCGGCAUGUGUCUGUUUGUUCCUCAUUGACGAAUGAUGUCGCUCUCGUUCCAAGACUGUUAACCCUUGCGUAUGCCGUGCGCGAUGGCUGCAUCGAGGCAACGAAUGCACCUCAUCAGGAUUCAUGCUCUGACUUGAGACCACUAGAACAAAAGGGUGGCGAAGCAAAUGGUGAGCGUGCAUUGGAUGACCGAGAGGGAGAAAAGACGGCAAAAGCUCGCACUUUUCAUCUCGCCGACGGCCCCAGAAUCAGGACUGCCCAGAUUCCUUCCGACACAUGGCAUUCCCACGCACGCGUGCUGCUCGUCGGCCUACCCAUCGAUCGGCGCAUUAGUUCUGCCACGGGGUUCUUGGGCUGCAGGAUCCACAGCGUCGCUAGAACAUUCAUUGGGCGGCCAUCAUUUUUAGGCCUCGCGCCCAGAUCUCCUAUGAACAGAUGUGAUUAUGAUGCGGUCAGAUCAGGCCGGGCUGGCCCCUCAGGCUCAAUUCAGCCUGCAGGAUUCUGGUCCGCAGAUGAGCUGCUACACGGCUUCGCGUUUGUUCCAUGAACAAUAAUGCGUGUGCUGCCAAAACG